GAAGGAUAUCUGCUCCUCGUUUACUAAAGACAUCCAGAUAGCCAUGGUAGGCUGGAGGAAUUAUUUGGGCGAGUUCAGCAUCAGAGUCCAUGCAAAGUAAUGUAGGUAUUGUUGAAGGUGCCAUGGUAUGGAGAGGGAAACUGGAUCCUUCCGGUCCUCCAGUCAAUUUGAGGGCAGGGGCGGACUCACCAUUUGGAAACUCAGGAACUGCCCGAGGGCCCGGGGUCAGUAGGGGGCCCCAUGAGAUGCCCCUGGUACCUUUUUCAUAGGCUUUUUUGAGUUUGGGCAAGGACACAGAGGCCCCAUGAUCCCCUAUUGCCCAGGGGCCCCAUGA